CUGUCCGCCGCAGCCAUGGGGCAGGACCUGCCGUGGCUCAACCGCUCGCGGCCCGCGGGCGGGGGCGAUGGCUGCGCGGCGGGUGGGCUGCACGGCCCGUUCCCCGCCGGCCCCGCCGCGCUGCUGGCCGCGCUCAUGGCGCUGCUGGGGCUGGUCACCGUGCUGGGCAAUGCCCUGGUCAUCCUGGCGUUCGCCGUGCAGCGGAGCCUCCGCACGCAGGGAACCUUCUUCUUCCUCAACUUGGCCAUCGCCGACCUGCUGGUGGGCGGCUUCUGCAUCCCCCUCUACAUCCCCUACGUGCUGACCGGCGAGUGGAGAUUCGGCAGGGGCUUGUGCAAGCUGUGGCUGGUGGUGGACUACCUCGUGUGCACUGCCUCCGUCUUCAACAUCGUCCUCAUCAGCCUGGACAGGUUCAUCUCUGUGACCCGAGCGGCCAGCUACAGGGCUCAGAAAGGGAUGACCAGAAAUGCCGUACUGAAGAUGAUCAUGGUGUGGAUUGCUGCUUUUCUUCUCUACGGUCCAGCCAUUCUCAGCUGGGAGUAUAUUGCUCAAAAAAGCAUCCUCCCUGAAGGAGAAUGUCAUGCAGAAUUCUUCUACAAUUGGUAUUUCCUAAUGAUCGCCUCUACUAUUGAAUUCUUUACACCUUUCAUCACUGUUACAUACCUUAACCUAAGUAUUUACCUCAACAUCAGGAAACGUACCUCCCUCAGAAACGAAAACCUACCACCUGGUCAAGAGGACUGUGAAAUGAGUGUCCAGGGCGAAAAAAAGGAACACACCGUAUUUGUAGUAAAACCCGCAAACAGACACAAACAUAAGAUGAGAGCAAACGGCCUUUCUCCCCCAAAAAAGGCGUCAAGGCUCAGUCUGCGCAAGCUUGACAAUCGGUCAUUAAAUUUGAAUGCUAGUCGAGAGCUUCCGCCACUUGAGGUGGAAGUGGAGACCAAGCCCCAGAGGAACUGUUUUCCCAAAGCCACGGAAAGCGUGUGCGACACGGCCGGCAGAGCAGACAUUGCUAACACCGUGGCAAAUAGACUUUCCCGAGACAAAAGAAUAGCAAAGUCUUUAGCAAUUAUUGUCUGUGUGUUUGGUUUGUGUUGGGCUCCAUAUACACUUCUGAUGAUCAUCAGAGCAGCUUGCCACGGGCAUUGCGUGCAGCACGCACUCUACGAGACCUCAUUUUGGCUGCUGUGGGUAAACUCAGCCAUUAACCCUGUUCUAUACCCACUGUGCCACGUGAGCUUUAGGAAAGCCUUUCAGAAACUUCUGUGUCCAGGAAAAGCCACAAUUCAUCCUCAUAUUUUUAUGUGAAAAAAAGAAACGUGAAGGCUGACAAUUAGUACAUCUUGCUUUCAAUGGGAGCAUAAACUGGCUAAUAUUUGCCCGCAAAUAUUAAGUGCAAUGUGCAGUGGGUAGUUUAUGGAAUACUGGUAAGGACAAGUGUAGGUAUUUAUGAAUACAUAGAAAUACAGCCAUCCAUGUCGCUGGAGAAAUCACAGCAAUGAAAAGAAAGGGAGCUUCUCAGAGCUCGUUGGGGAAUUUCCGGUAACGGUGCACUAGCAAAGUGCUGAAGAGGGAAUAAGCAUUCAUGGCCAAAAACUAGAGUUCAGGCUGUCUCACUUUUAAUAACUGUAAAUAUUGCUGGUGAGGAAGUUGAUGAAGCGUCAGCCUUGGUCCUGUGGCAUUUCCCGCGGCCCCACGCCAGGACGCCCAGGUCUCGCUGUCAGGCGGCAAGUCAAGAACACAACAGUCACGUCACCAGGGAAGCUGCACAACCGUAGCAGCCAAGGGAGCAGGUGACUCAAACAUGAGCAGAAUUUUUAGUAGAACUAAGUUCAGGGCAGGAAUAUAAAAGAGUUUUGAGCAUUGUGAUAGGAGAUACGAGAACUGGGAGUUUGUACACCAGGAGUCCCCUCCCUCAGCUCUGACAUCUGCCCCCGCCACGGUGCCACCGGGGCAGGAACCUGCUGCACUCCGUACAGAACUCACAGGGACUACUCUUCUGUGUUUUGCUGUGAGUAUAGAGUAAGUAGAAUCAGUCCACAAGAUCUACAGCGGACAGCUCUUGCUAUAGAAGCAGCUUUAGGUAAACUUCCCUCGGAGUAAUUUUAAAAACCUUUCCAAUUAGACUUGUACUAGUUCUGAACCCACCCCACCCCUUCAACCUAUCCAUCCAUCAAGUCAAUGGUAAAAAGAAGUAUUAGUUGACACGUUUAGCAAUUUUCCAAGUCCUGCAUAACAAAUAGCAUGACCCAAAAAAGUCUGUUAAAAUAUACAGCCUUGCUCUUGACCACGAGUGUGGAAACAAGGUCAACGAUCUCCUGUUUCUGCCAUUCUGCCUCUGGCACGAGAGCAGCUCACGGAGCGGCCGCCCGAGCUUUGACGAGUCGCCCCAGCAGAGGGAUCGAUCCCAACAUCCCUAGUGAUACAGGUUUCCACCAUCAAAAGCAUUUCCUGUGUAGCUUCACAGAUGUUUUCUUUUGCUGGCAAGAGAAAUAGCUGUUGAACAGGCCUAGUUGUCUAUUGCCACAGUGCAUGUUAGUACAGCUGAUCUUAAAUUUUACAGACAGUAUUUAAAAUUAUUUACUUUGUAACAUUUCAAUAAAGUAAUUAAGAAUC